AUGUCUUCUACCAGUCAAGCCAGGGUCAAGUCCCAAAGCCCACCGAAACAAUCGAGCGGUGCGUUCUUGACUAUCCCCAAGAUUGAUCACUCUCGGUUGGCGACACUGCCGCCAAGCAAGCCAGCACUUGAUGCUGUCAAUGGCGAAGAUCAAGGAAGUACUGGCUGUAAGACAAAACUUGACAGUGACGAGAUCGAACACGAGGAGGCUGACGACUGCAGCGCGAACAGCAGACCGAGAGCCUCGGAAGACACGCAGCGCUUCAUGGAUUCCAUGAGAACGCUCGAGGAUGGGUUUGACAUCGGACUUGCAUUUCCCAAGCGGAAGGGCAAGAAGGAAGAAGCCAGACCUGCACCGACGCCCAAGCCAAAGGAGUUCCUAGUUAAGAACGUCAAGGGGAUGGGCUUUUUCGACCAGCUGGACGCACUCGAAGGCGGCUACUUCCCUCCCAUGUAG